GUGCGCAUGCGCUAAACGGGCAGCCUGGGAGCAAGUUUGGGUGAAGGAGUCAGGGCCAGUGUCCGCUCCGCACCGGGAGGGAGACACCGCACACGGGCUUGAGUCCGUGGCGGGGGGGUUGGCUGAUAGAGCCAGCUUUGCGCGUUAUCACCUCAGCAAGACAAGAAAAAACAACGUGGAAAAACUAGAGAGGAAAAACGUUUUAAGGAUAUAUUAUCUGGACAAGACAUCUCUUCUUUCUCUCACCCUGCGCGGCCCCCUCCCUCCCUUAAGACCCCCAAGAGAACGACCACCCAAAGAAACCCGUCUAGACCAAUCUCUUCUAAUACGGGAUGCACCUUGAUCCUCAGAAAAAAUCGACAACGGUUAUUUUUUCUUAUGACCGCCGUUACUGGACUUCAACCUAUGAAGAUUACGGACACUGUUUCAAGUGUUGACACAGUUAGGUUAGGUUCUCGACUGAGAGUAAUAAUCUCAUGUUUUUUUUUGUUUGUUUUUUAAAGUAACGUUAACUAGGCUGUUUGUCGCCUCUUUCUUUUCUCGCGGUCGGCUUUUUGUUUUUAUUUGACUGUUUUAUUAAGAUACUGCGCAGUUAUCUGUUCAUUUGUGUUUCUCCUGCCCGUUUUUGUAACGACAAUGGUCUGACAGAAGACCGCUACAGAGCCAGAUUGCUAAACGGUGACGAGACGCGUGUAUUCAGGCGUGCAGAAUAACCCAAUUCACCGACGGACGCUUGUUUAAUAGCAUUUUAACAAAAUAAACAAAGGAAUUUCUAUAACCACUCUCACAGGGAAGUUUCACGUCACUUCGAGUCGAAGCCAGCUCUACCAUAUUCAUUUCUCAGUUUCUUCAAAGGUGAGAAGCUCUGGGCUGCACCCAUGCUUUCCUUAGAUGAGCCGCUGGACCUGAAGCUGCCCAGAGGGCACAUUAAUGGGCACAGCAAAGGCUCCAAGUCACCACCCACUCUGAGCUCAUCUCGGGUCCAUGCCAAGAGGGUUGGGCAUCUUCAUAUUGCUGAUGAUGGGACAGCAGAUAUUGUUCCAGCCUCCCCUGCCUCCACACACAUAGGUGUAUCUAUGGUGCACCAGGAGAAGCCUGAACUCUCCACCCCUCCAGCAGUGGACCUUAGUAUGUCUCCGUCCUCUCAUCACACACCCUGCUCCCCUGAGCUCACUGGAAAUGGCUCCUCUCAUUUGUUCUCAGGGGACUCUACUCACAUCCGUUAUGUUGAGGGAGGGGCCCCUUCACAAGCUUUUCAGUUCUUUUUGCCAAUUGGAGGAGGAGGGCUCCAUAUGCCAUCCUCAAUGUUUAUUGGCCAGCCCAGGGACAAGAGGGCCUCCCCUGAACUUUCAGCAGAUGAACAGCUGUCCUGUCGAUGGAGGAAGUGCCAGUUGCUUUUUGACUCCUUGCAAGAUUUAGUGGACCAUGUAAAUGACUUUCAUGUAAAGCCUGAGAGGGAUUCUGGGUAUUGCUGCCAUUGGGAGGGCUGUGCACGCAAAGGACGAGGUUUCAAUGCAAGGUACAAAAUGUUAAUCCACAUUCGUACACACACCAAUGAGAAGCCACACCGCUGCCCUACCUGCAACAAGAGCUUUUCACGUCUGGAAAACCUCAAGAUCCACAAUCGUUCACACACAGGUGAGAAGCCGUACAUCUGCCCUUACGAAGGCUGUAAUAAGCGCUACUCAAACUCCAGUGAUCGCUUCAAGCACACCCGUACUCACUAUGUGGAUAAGCCAUACUAUUGCAAGAUGGCUGGCUGUCUGAAGCGUUACACAGACCCUAGCUCUCUAAGAAAGCACAUCAAGGCACAUGGGCAUUUCGUGGCUUCACAGGAGCAGCAAACAAGCCCAGGAGGGGGAGUCGGAGGACGCGGUGGAGGCAGGGGCUCACCUGUGCUGAAACCAUCUCACAUCACAGGGAAAGAGUCUGAGCUGAGCUACGCCCAUAUCAUCCUCCCGAGUGCAGCAGCUGCUCUCCUAGGCACCUCUCUCUCCUUGUCACCUUUGAGUCCUCGGCCCCUGGACCUGAGCAUGCUGGGAAGUCCCAGUUCACCUGUCCUGUCCUUUAAUGGCCUAGCCAAGUCACCACUGCUACCCCCUGCCUUCUCGCCCUCAGCACUUGGCUUACCUGUGGUGCCUGUGUUGUGCUCAGAUCACAGAGGACAAGCAACAGGCAGUUCUAGAGCGAAUGAUCAUGAGGAAGAGAGCCCUAGGAACAUCCUCAACCUCUCCACAGGAGCGUCUGACCCCUUGUCCUGGGUGGUAAUACCUUCAGGCUCUUUAAUGUUGAAGCCAGCUGUGGUCAACUGAGAAGGAUAUGCCAAUCAUUCCAGAGGGAAGAAAGGGGGAAAGGGACAGCAUGGGGAUCAAAGGUCAUGGGGCUAAUUUUUGGUUUUCAGAAGAGCUAUUCACAGUUCUCUGACGCAACAUAUCCAGCCAUUAAUUUCCAGCAUUGUCAUUUUACUUUUGUAUUCAUUAUCAAAGCUAAAUUUCCUCAGAGGUUCCAAAAUCUGUUUGAGAAACUAAAGGUUUCCAUAAGCUGUCAUGUAUGUUACUCCCAUACCAUCACUUCACUGAGGAUGUCUGUUUUUUACACUGUGUUUUGCACUGCAGAACUUUUGACUAUGUAACAAUGACAGAGCAACAGCAUGAACACAGAACAAGCUGACAUUUAAGUCAAGUCUUUAUUGAGCUUGCCGCAAUGUGCAAAUAUAGUAUUAACAAUAAUAUAACUUUUCAAACCAUCACACAAAUCUGUGUGCUGAACUUGCCAUAGUCAGGCCACUAAAAACUGUAAAAAUGCACUGCUGCAUUUUGCCAUGCACCAGCCUCUAAAUAACAUGUAACUAGUUAUAUUUUGAGGUUCAACAUGCAGGGACAUUGUAUAAUUUUAAACAAGUUUUUCAGACAGAAUCAAUUCCUAAUAUUUUCCAGAAACACUGGUGUGAAAAUUAUUGUACCCUUACAGCUAAUAUUUUUUUACACCCGUCCUGUCGAGAAUAACAACACAGAGUCUCUUUCUACAAUAAUUUUUGCUCAUUUUUUAUGAAAGGUGCCAGUUAUUCUGGAAGGCACUACAAAACAAAAUUUACUGUGUGAUUAUUGUUUGUUAUCUGAAGCAGGUUUUUAAAAUCAUAGAUACAAGGGUCAUUCUGUGAAACUUGUGUCUGGGACAUUUAGUACAGCAAGCUCUGUACCAGUAGUUCCAUAGAGAAGACUCUACAGUUUAAAAUAAGCCAAUUGCCUUGUUGGUUAUGAUGCCUGGCCUAUUAAAUUCUUACACUGAAACCUGCACAGAUACAGGGGAGUAUAUAGAAAAGUUGUUUGCAGUAGCUGGAGCAACAUGAAAGAUUUUUUUUUGUUAUUUGAGCUAAAAACAUUUUUACACCAUUCUCUUAUGAUGUUUCCAGAAAAAGACUCGUACAUUAUUUACACUGUUUUUGUCAGAUUUUCAAAGCCAUUUCAAAUCUGUGUUGGAAGGGUCAUCUAGUUGAUCCAUUUCUGGUAUAUAGUAUAUCUCUCCCUAUUCAUGAAGAUUGAAGUCUGCUUGUUGGCCUCGACUUUUCUUCACCUUUUUUUCAAGAACUAAUAUGAAAAUAUGCUUACAUUUCUUUAGUUCCUGAAAAACAUCCUUAAGUGUCUUGCAGUAGAACCGUAUCUUGUAUGAACAGAGAUAGGGUGUAAGAGAUAAUACCAGUGGCCUAAGAACCAUCACAGACUAACUCUUAGACCUUUUGCUAUUUUUGUCUUAUAUUUACAAACUGGAGCCUUAAGAAUCUAUGCCCAAGUCUCAGUAAGCACUCAGCUGUUUCUAUAUAUUUAUAUGUAACAGGAUUCGCUGGACGCCGGUGUGUGCGACACACUAAGUACACCAUCUUCUGUAAUGAUUCUUAGUUUGAUAUCACUCUUUGGUGAACUGUAAAACUCCUUUGAGGGCUUUUUAUGAUGCAUGUAUUUUUAUUUAGGCAACACUGAUUCAGUCAGCUUUGGCAGAGGAUCUUGGGUAGGUUAAUUAAUGUUUAUUUAGUUCAGAGGACAAUCAGUGCAUUUCAUAGGGCUGUUUUAGUCUUACAGAGAUACCAUUCAUUUACCCACAGACCGACAAACCUCUAGUGAGCGCUGCUACGCUGUCUGGCUAACUGCUAGUCUUAUUACGUUGAACUGAGAAUUCAGGUUGGAUACAUGUAUACAUGACAAUCUGUCCUCUCAGAAACUGCCAACCAGCACUAUUCAAACAGUUUCAGACUGUGCAGGUUUGAAUCUGGCUUAAAUUAGAUGGUAACAGACACAAGACUCUGAGCUGAGUUUUAAGGUAAACAAAGGUGUUAUAUAUUGCAUACCACAUACGUGUAGAUUACUGUGGCACUAAUGCAUUUGUUGCUCUAAUGCCACCUGUUGGACAUUUGUUUUAACAACCUCAUGCACAGUAUGCUAGCACAGCAUAGCUCGGAUAAAUCUUCUUUAUCUGACAGCAAAUGUAAGAAAAAUGGCCAAACUGUGCAAUACAUAAGCCACUCACAGACAAACAAAAAACUGGUGUGCGGUACAGGCCUCCAAGUCAAAUAUGAUGUUGACACAAUGACGACUUUUGCAGGCAAAUACACAGUGCAUCAAAAUGAAUACUGAAUACAAACUGAAUACAGCUUAAAAAUAACAUUCCUUUUCUACAAAAGAGUGGCUCUUUUGUUUACACAAUCUAAAUUAUGAGAGCCUACUUUAAAAAUACCUUAUUAGUAUUUGCUACCAAGUCUCUUCACCUUAAACGAGAUAUUAAAAGGUCUCUUCAGGGUGAGUAUUCCCUUUUAUGACAGAGCUCUAUAGAGCAUUCCUUAAAACCAUUAGUUGCCUGCAUAGUUUGCCUUCAUCAGUUUUAAUGAGAAAUGAAUAACAAUUACAAUUGAAACACUUAAAUCUUUUAAAUGUAUGUCUAUCAUCUUUAUUUAUGACCCCCCUCCCCCAACCUCCACACUUAAGUCCUAUUAUUCCUCAAUGCUACAUCAUACUAUAUUUGAGAACACUGCGUGGCUAUUUUAUUUGUUAUGUUGUUUCGACGAGACAUUUCCUUUUAUGUUGAUGUUGCUUCAUAUCCAUGUCUCUGCUAUUGCUGCUCAACACUGAGCUUUCUCCCAGAGCCAUGGGGAUGGAGGAAUGAAAAGAAAGGAUAGUCAGGGGAUGGACUAGGUUUCUUAAAAAUGAACCAAUUCAUCUCUGAGAAUCACUCCAGGGGGUCAUGCAAGUUCUCUUAAAUAGGCAAAAAAUAGGCAUAUUUCAGUGUUUUCCUGUCACUGAUUGUUGUAUAUGAGAUAUUUAGAGUACAUACACUCUCUAUGCAUGACAAACGAACAAAAUUCAUGAGAGGUGAUGGAUGGACACCUGUGCAGAGACAGGGAGAAAAUACAAAAUUCCAUACAGGAAGUAACCGGAACCCGGGACAGAACUGAGGACCCUGGAGCUUUGAGGCAGAAAUGCUAUUGCACAGCACAGUGCAUUACAAAUCAGAGGAAACAAGCCCACAAAAAAAACAACAGCAGUCAACUCUAGAAAUUUCCAAGUUGUGUGGCAAGGUGUGCAGGUUUAGAAAAGCUCUGUUAUAGCACUUUGACAGCAUUAUCACAUAUAGUCUUUACAGUUUAAACUUCUUUCCUCCCCUCCAUCCUCAUUUGCUCAUAUGAGAAAGCUCAUCAUGACACAGACCCUUCAGGGUCUACAUCGUUUAAAUAUCAGAUAAGCUGUUUGACCCAUUAACCCUUUGUGCACUCUAGAGAAGUGUGUUCAUGUGUUCAUUAUGGAGUUGCUUUUCUAAGAGAAACAUAAGCAAUAAUUGGAAUGGCUGGGACAGUUUCCUGGUUUGACUAUAGAAAUCUUUGAUCCAGUAACUACCUUGGAAGCCUUUUAGCAAGGGCAGCAAGUAUACGGUACAAAAAGCACCAUUUCACUUUGGUAAAUGUGUCAUUUGAAACAAUAUUUAGAAGACAUACUUUUGCUCUUAAAUAUUAAACAAACUAAAAUAAUUUAAGUGCCAUAGUGGUGCCCAAAGGGUUAAUGCAAGACUAAGGCCAGGAAAGGCCAGUAUCAUUUUUUUCUUUUCUUUUUGCACAUUGAAAUAUAUUAAUAUCAGUAUUUUCAUUUUUUCAAGUGCCUUUUAUUAUAGGUGAAAUGCAUAAGUACAAAUACUAUAUAAAUAUAUAUAUAGUAUUUUUUUUCCUGGCAUCAUGUUCUUAAGAUGAACAUGCAAAACAUCUUAAAGUGGUACAACGCAAGUGUGUGCUCCUGUUUUAGAGAAAUUUUAUUACAAUAUUAAUUUUGAUGUCAAUGAAAACAAUAAAUGUUUAAUAAAUUUGAAUUUGAUA